CUCCAGUAUCACUGUCAACGCGAAAUUGAUAACAGCAAAAGCCUCGUGCCGUUUCGUGUACACUAUAAACGCAAACAAAUCAACUUCAAGAUGAAAUUCUACCUGGCAGCUGCUGUUUUGGCCACCGUCCUGGUCGCGGCCAACUGUGCCCCUUACCAAAUUGUGUAUCUGGUCCCGGUGGAAGCUGCCCCAGUCGCCCGCGUGGCCCGUUCGGCUCAGUUCAGCGGCAGUGCUGCCAACGCCGGUGCCCAGAGCUUUAACGCCGGUGGCUUCGGUGGUGGUUUCUCCGGAAGUUCGGCCAACGCUGCCUCGCAGUCCUUCUCCCAGGGUGGUGGAUUCCCAGGAUUCGGAGGAUUCAGCGGAAGUGCUGCUAGUGCAGGUGCCCAGAGCUUCUCCGGUGGUGCCGGUGGAUUCCCAGGCUUCGGAGGCUUCAGCGGUUCUGCUGCUAACGCCGGUGCUCAGUCCUUCAGUGGAUAAGUUAUCUCCCAACAAUGUGAACCCACGGAAACUGCCCAGUUUGAAUGCGAGGAUUUUAUGUUACAGAAUUACUAAUUAUUAAGUUUAGUUUACAAACGAAGUAUUGAUAAGGCGAGUCAGUUACACACACAUAAAUUAUGCAAAAGAUCUGUUAACAUCAUGACAUCGUUGAUCUUUGCAACAAAGAAAGUUACAGAUGGUCGAAAAAUGUGAUAAAAUGUUGUCUUCAGUUUAAGAUCCAUUUUGUUGAAGUAGUAAUAAAAUUUCACGACACGAAAA